GUGUUGAUCUAAACAGCUUUCGUUAACCUCUUCGCGUGCACUUUGUACGUGUGUGACUGGUAUUUCUAACCUGAAAUAUGGCUGAUUUGGAACAAGACCCGGGAGACCGGGUUGACGGCGAUAAUCAGAAAAAUGAUAAAAUGUUCACUCUGAAAAAAUGGAAUGCCGUGGCCAUGUGGAGUUGGGACGUGGAGUGUGAUACCUGUGCCAUUUGCAGAGUCCAAGUUAUGGACGCCUGCCUCCGUUGCCAGGCGGAAAGCAAAAAGGAGGUCUACGGCCGACAGGACUGCGUGGUUGUCUGGGGCGAAUGCAAUCACUCAUUCCACUAUUGCUGCAUGUCACUUUGGGUCAAACAGAACAAUCGUUGUCCGCUGUGUCAACAGGAGUGGUCCAUACAGCGGAUGGGGAAGUAAUCCUUGCGUGCGUCUGUCGCGCACGCAGGAUCGCGGUUUCUCAUUUUUGAUCCGCGAUUGUUCCAUUGCAACGAGAAUUGCCGAGAGUGUUGCGUGUUUGAUUGAAGUAUUGCAUUCAGUUUAGUUUUAUAGAACAGUUUGCAGUGAAGUCUUAGACGAGGCUUAUCUUAUACUAACAUAUAAUGGUUAAUAAAUAAUUGUAUACAUAGUAUGCAAAGAUUUUUUUAAAACUUGUGAAAUGUUAAGGCGCUUAUAAAGAAAUUGUUUGUUUGUUUUUUUUUGCUAUAAUUUAUAUGAUUGAUUUAUGCUACUAUAUUAAAUUUUAAAUAAUUACUUUUUAUUAUAGAAUUUAAAUUUGCAUAUGAAUAGGUGGAUCAACGCAUUAUUGAUUAAUGCACCUUAAAUCUAAUUGAUUGAUGAAAUAUUAAAUUGUGUAUUUGGUAAUUGUUUAGCAUAGCUUAAAAUUUUCAACAUUUAUCUUAUGUAAGUUUAAUAAACAUAAUAUUGAGAUCA